AUGGCGUUAUCAGAGCCUCAGCAUAAAGUAGAAGCUGCAGUGAUUGUGGUGAUAGACUUCGGGACCACAUUCUGUGGCUAUGCCUUUAUGUUCACCAGUUAUCCCACAUCCAUCUACACAGCCAUUGGUGAGGAGAGGGAACCCUCCUGUGUGCUCCUCAACCAAGAUAAGAAUUUCAAUGCAUUUGGAAAACAGGCAUUUCCCAAGUACACAGAGUUAGAACAAGAGGAACAUCAGUCAUACUACUUUUUCCAUCACUUCAAGAUGAAACUGUAUGAAAGUGAGAAACUUAUAACGAGAAACGACUCUCCAAGAUCAAACUGGAAAAGAAGUGGAAGACUGGCAGUGAUGAAAGGGGCUGUAAUAAUGGGAAUGAAGCCCAGAAACAUCGUCCAGAGGAGAGCACAAUUCACAUAUGGGUUUUCAAAUAGUGAACUAUUUCUAGAAGAAGAACAUCCAAAACAGUUAAAGUUUAAUUUAAAUGGCGAGACCUUGGGUGAAGGUGUGUUUGAUAAGCUGAUAGAGCGGGGGCAGCUCCUGCAGUAUCAGCAAGAGUCCUCCCGGAAAUUCUAUGACACCUUCAAGCAACCACAGAUAAAACAGAUAAUAUGGCAUAUAUCACUGUGGAGGUCUUACAAGCCUGGUCCUAGAUACUGCUUCCUGAAGGAAGACUUUUGUGAUGAAGUUGGUACGAUCAGCAUGCAACCUCCUCCUGAUGGCUGGCCCGAUGUGGUACAUGGUAAACGGAAGUUGAUAGUGGGGGAGACUGAGUUCACCAUUAAAGUUAUUAUAAAGGAAACUGGUGAGGAAACGACAGCGAUUAUUGACUUUCUGUGA